UCCUGGCCCAGAGAGAUUCGGCAACAAAACACAGAACAUGGCUGGUGUCCUCAAGAAGACGACGGGCCUCACCGGCUUGAAAGUUGAACCCCGUCCUCAUAAGAUACUGACUGCUCUGUACAAUCGUAUAUUGCUGUCGCUAGAGAGCGCCCCGAAGGAGGCCGCUUACCGGCAGCAUACCGAGGCCUUAAUCAAGCGAAACUUGGAGUAUGUCCUCACGGUGAAAGACAUCGGUAAACUGGAGGAGAAGUUGGGAUACCAAGUGGAGGAGAGCAUCAAACUGGCCGAGAACGAAUUGAUGCUCGCCCGGCGAAUGGCACAAUGGAAGCCCUGGCUGCCCCUGGAGACGAAACCCUCCGCCGAUCAGUGGAAGUGGCCCCUGUAGUGUAAUGCGUUUCCUCUCAAUGUUGUUUUGUCGCGAAGUAAAGUAGCUGCCGAAAUGUUAAUAAAUUUCUUCGAGGCAAGGUCCUCAGAUGA